ACCACGUAGUUAACACUACAUAUUCACAUGGCUUCUAGAAAGCGUUCUCGUGAUGUUGAUUCAUCGGAGAUUUCCGAGGCGCCGCAGCCUGUAUCUAAGAAGGUGACGGGACCUUCGGGUAACACUCAGGAUCUCUUGACGCUGUUCACUGACUGCAUGAGCGCCUUAUCUACAAACAAAAUAUGCAGUCGCAAUGCCUUUGAGGUGGGUAUCAUUGACCACAUGACUGAUUUGGUCCACCUUGAUGACGGUUCCGUCGAUGACGAUGUCGUUGAAUUGCUCCCUGAAGAUACAUCUAGCGGCGCUUCGCGCCGCUUGAACUUCACUCGUGCUUCCAAGGUUGUUGAAAGUGCCAGCAAGAUAUAUGGCUACCGCAUUGAGGCUAUUUAUGACCAGACCUUCAAUGUAUUGAUGAGCAUGAACAGUGCUAAUCAAGCUGAUGGCACUUCGGGUAGCACGAGUGCCACAAAACCACGCGGUCGCCAUCGUGUUAAGAUUGAUUUAACAACCAGUUCACGUACACUGGCACCUGAAUCUGAAGUCACGCUUACUGAGAUUCCUAUGGAUAACGUCAUUCUCGAUCCAUACUUCCUGAAGAUAUCUUCUAUGUUCGACCACAGCGGUGCUAUGGGUCUGUUAUUGAUUAAUCUUCAGGUGACUGAUGACUUAUCACUGGACCUCGAUGGUGACAGUUUGGUAUUCCCACCACCCCGAGCUAGGUCCGAACAUGACGACUCCAAUGUGAUACUAUCUCGGGAUGCAGUAAAAAAGUGUUUUUUUGGAAAUACCGAGCCCAAGCGUAUGGAAAUACUACCUGAAGCUGCAUAUUUCCGUCAGGAAUUAGAACGACUCCGCGAAAUGCGUCGUCGUAAGGAGUGUGGCGACGUCAUUGCAUCUGAUUCCGAUGGAGAAAUAAAUCCUGAGCCCGAAAGUAAACACAUUGACUUCUUUAAAGUAAGACAACCUAUCGCACCGAUUGAGGACAGUCUAGAACCCAUGGAUGCAAUGGGUCAUAUUGACGACGUACCGGAAGACACAGUUCAUGAUAUGCCCAUCUCCGGUACUCCACCUGACACGGGCAGUGACACUGGGUCAGUGCCUAAUAGCACUGGCAUUGCUUUAAGGCAACGACUCGCAGAGAUUGAUUUGAUUGGUGGCUCUCAGUUUUCAUAUUACACGUCAGUUCCAGUUAAGACCCAUGUCCCAUCAAGUAAAAACAAGGGAAGUGACACCGAACCGGACGAUACGAAUUUGAAGACCCAACGACCUGUUAAAUCGAGACAGAAUAUAACUAAUGACCUGGAGAGCUAUUUGAGGAAUAUUGACUUAGAGGAGAAAAUUGCCUCCGUGGAGCUAUCUACGGUAUUCACUACACCGAAGGCAGUGGGCAAGAAAGCGCCCAGCACAUUCGCUGCAAGCGACUUCACGGGUGCUAUAUACAGGUUUAAUGAUACGUUUUUAACUAGGUUGGGCCUCCUGGGUAACCGUUGUUUAAGGUUUGUCAGUGACCAUGAAUGGCGUAAUGGGCCUAAUACUGAUUCGUCGGUACCGAUACUCCAGGUACAUUACUGUGCUGACAUUGAUGCCCCGUACAGUACAAUGCGGAUAUCGGAAAAUUUUUCAUGGCGUUUGGAUGAACAGGUUGGUUUACUGGACGAGGACGAUAUGUGGAAUGCGUCUAAUGACUUCGAGGAUCCCGAAUUGCCUCUAACGCAAGAUGGACCUGUGGUAGCCAACAUCGAGUCAAUGUACGAAUCUGAACCUGGCGAACCCCUGCUGGCACUCAGCCAGCAUGCUGACCCAGCUGCCAUAUCGCAAUGGCCUCGGGAGGGUGCUAUAGUCCCGGCACCGGUGGCUGCCUACGUGGAUAUAUUCAAGAUUAAGAAGACGCUCUGUGGCGUGAUAGUGCCACCACCUGCCUUCCAUGAAGCCCUGGAAGAUAAGCAACAGAUAGACAAAGAGCAUGGCUCGGGCAAUACCCAAUCGGAAUAUUCCUGUGGAUUCCAGGAUGCCGUUACCGAUACAGUAUCACGUCUAAUGGACAGUGAUGUUGCUGCCUUGACCAGCCAUAUACUGUUUGUGUGCCUCCUGCAUGUAUGCAACGAACAGGAUCUGCUACUCAAGCAGAGUCGCCCACUAGAGGACUUUGUUAUAUGUGCCGGUGCACCCAAGGAACAGCACCUGGGUGAUGUGCAGGGCUCACUUUAAU